AUUCGAUUAGGGUUUGUAAAUUGGGGAAGCCCUUUCCUUUUCCCCCAAGUUUAGAAAAUCCAUGUUCAAGAUCAUCCCAAUCUACUGCAAAAUUUCCAUUUUCAGAGCUCAAUUUAACGAUUCAAUUUGUCAAAAUCCAGUUAAUCGCACACUUUUCCCCCCUACAGAAACCGCAGACGAAAAUUGAGGAAGGAAUAAGCAAGAUAGUGAAAAUGGAGGGAAGCCCACCGGUGUAUCAGAUUCCAAGUUCAACUGCUGUCAGAUUCACCAAAUAUCUCUGGCGCGGCUUUUUGAUUGCCAAUUUCGGUCUCGCUGCGUACAUGUUUGCUCUGCCGAGUAAGAAAGAAAGACAGAAAGACCAAAGUGAAGUCCCCCCCGAAGCUGCCCACGUUCCUCCUGCCGAAGCUGCCCCCGUUCCUGCUUCCGAAGCUGUCCCCGUUCCUGCUCCCGAAGCUGCCCCCGUUCUUGCUGCCCCCGUUCCUGCUGAAGCUGCCCCCAUUCUUGCUGCCGAAGCUGCACCCAUUCAUGCUUCCGAAGCUGCACCCGUUCAUGCUUCCGAAGCUGCACCCAUUCAUGCUUCCGAAGCUGCACCCAUUCCUGCUGCUGAAACUGCCCCCAUUCUAAUCCGAGAGGAAACAGUAUAUUUUCCUCCGAUUCCAAAGCCCGUGAUUGUGCGCCAGCACAUGCCUGAGGAACAGCAACGUGAAAUUUUCAAAUGGAUAUUGGAAGAGAGGAGAAAGGUAAAACCCCUUAACCAAGAAGAGAUGAAGCGUAUUGACGAAGAUAAAGCUAUUCUCGAACAAUUUAUUCGAUCUGAUUCUGUUCCAACCAUUUGAUGUUUUUUUAGAUUCUUGUCUUCUUUUAGUAGCUAAACUUUUCCAACCCUCCACCUUCCUCCCAGGGUUUUUUUUUUUUUUUUUAUUUUUUUAUUUUAUUUGUACAAAUUUUUGGGGCAAUAAAUAACUCUUCUGGAACAAGAAGAUAUCAUAUAGGCUGCUUCUUUAAGAGAAGAUUUUUCUUCUUUAUAUGAGAUAGGGAUCUAUAUUCUAACUUCAUCAGCUUGUGAAUUGAAAUUUAUUUUGUUUUUUAA